AUGAGUACUUCAAGGUACGUCUCCUAUGAGUACUUCCAGAGUACAUGUUCUCCCUAUGAGUACUUCAGGUACAGUUCUCCGAUGGAGCUUCAGGUUACAAGUUCUCCUAUGCAGUACUUCAGGUACAUCUCCCCUAGCCAGUACUUUCAGUUCUCCUAUGAGUACUUCAGGCAGCCCAUCAAGGACGUGAACCGUCAGGUGAUCUCUAAGAACGUGGCCCCUGAGAGGCUGUGGGUCAACUCCAGGGAGCCAAUCAAACAGCCCCUUCUUAAGAAGCUGGCGGGGAACUCUGAGCUCAGCCACCGAGCCUGCCUGGCCUUCACUGCUAUCCUGAAGUACAUGGGGGACUACCCCACAAAGCAGAUACAGAGUCCUCUAGAGUUGACAGACCAGAUCUUUGGCCCAGCCACCAAGGACGAGGCCCUGAGAGACGAGAUCUACUGUCAGAUCAUGAAACAGAUGACCAGCAACAACAACAGGUAGACUGUUAGGGCCUGUACAACAACAGGUAGACUGUUAGGGCAACAGGUAGUCUGUUAGGGCCUGUACAACAACAGGUAGACUGUUAGGGCCUGUACAACAACAGGUAGACUGUUAGGGCC